AUGAUCUUAUUACAAUUCCUCAUAUUACUAUUAUUAUCAGGAUAUAAUAAUCAUCUUAAUAAUUCAUUAUUAAUUCCAAAAAUUUCAUUAAAAUCAAUUAAAAUUCCUUUAAAUGAUUAUUUUAUAAAAUAUUCCAAAUCUUCUUUAAUAUCAUCAUUGUUAUCCCCCUCAUCACUAUCCCCAUCAUCAUCAUCACCCUUGAAGGGUCAUCCAUCCAAUAAUGUUUGUUUGUUGUUUCAUAUCCCUAAUAUAAAAUCGAUUAAUCAAUCUCAAAUCAAUUUAACAAAAAUCUAUAUAAAAUCCAAUCAUAUUUUAGAUCUUAAUAAUAAUAAUAAUAAUAAUAAUAAUAAUAAUAAUAAUAUAUGGGCUAUUUUUCAAUUAGAUCAUUCACAUUCAUAUUUAUCAUUAUUUGUAACAUUAAAAUAUUUAAAUCAAUCUUUUGAUCAUUAUUCUAUUCAAUAUCCAUUAUAUCAAUGGAAAGAUUAUAUAUAUAUAUUUAUGUUGACAAUAAUCAAUAAUGGGAAUAAUGGGGAUAUUGAUUAUCAACUAUUUAGUGAAUUAUCCUCUUCUCUGUAUCCAUCUUGUUUAUUAAAUAAUAAUCAUUUAAAUGAUUUAUCAAAAUUAUGUAUUUCAUUAAUUCAUUGUAAUGAUCAUUUCAUUGAAAAUAUUCAAGAGAUUAAUUCUGUUCAUAAUGUUGUAUUAAGACGUGUAAGACGUGAUGUAUCAUCAUCAUCGACAUCAUCAUUGAAUGUUUCAAAUAGUAGUACAACAAUGAAUGAAGAAACAAAACCUAAUCAACUUAGUCCAGGCUUAUUAGCUGUUAUAAUAAUUAUACCAAUCUUAAUUAUUAUUGGAUUAAUUAUAGGCGGUUAUUAUUUAUAUCGUUGGUUAAAAAAACGUCGUGCAUCACAUGGGAUAUAUCAACCAAAUUAUAUGGAAAAUGAAUCGAAUAUUAUAAAACAACAACCUGAACCACAUACCAUAGUGAAAAUACCGAAUGAAGAAAGAUUAAUCUAA